CACAGCUGUUCGGUAAAAAUGCCGCCUCCACAGAAAAUCCCAAACCUCAAACCUUUCAAGCAGAGGAAGAGCUUAGCAACCAGACAACAGGAAGUUGCUGGAAUCCGGGCAAAGUUCCCAAACAAGAUCCCGGUGAUAGUGGAGCGCUACCCUAGAGAGCAGUUCUUGCCCCUGCUGGACAAAACCAAGUUUCUGGUCCCACAGGAGCUGACGAUGACCCAGUUCCUCAGUCUCAUCCGGAACCGCAUGGUCCUGAGGGCCACUGAAGCCUUUUACCUGCUGGUGAACAACAAGAGCCUGGUCAGCAUGAAUGUGACCAUGGCAGAGAUCUACAGGGACUACAAGGAUGAGGAUGGCUUCGUGUACAUGACCUACGCCUCCCAGGAGACAUUUGGUUCCUUAGGGUCAGCAGACCCCAGUGACCUCGGGUACAGAUCUGCAAUCCUCACUAGCCCACUUCAAGAACUUGUCCUCUGAACUGUGCACCAGAUGCUGGCAGAAGGAACUGAUUUUCUUCUGUGUGUACAUUGCAGGGACCAGAAGCCAGGGUUGGGGUGAUCAGCUCCAACCAGUGACAGCACAGCUGUGGUCCUUCCUGGUUUACCUUUUCCGUGCUCCAUGCUCUUAUAGUCUCUAAGAAAAAUACGGGCUUUUGUAAGUUUUAUAAAUAGCAACUGUCUUCUAAAUAAGAAAUGUUUAGCUUGUAUGAUGGUUUUGUAUAAUGAGCGGACAAUGUGUGUUAGGUGUCAUCUGUGGUAGAGGUGAGUCCGCUCUUAAGGAUUGAUUUCACUCCCUGCAGGGAGGAUUCCUGUGUGGAGGUGGGUUCAUGGAGAACCUCUGGCCGGUAGAUGGGUCUCUGUGAAACCAGGUGAAACCAGUGCAAACCAUGAUCAACUCAUUUGGGGGAUGCUUAUCUGUCCUUAGAAAGAUUAUUUCCUCAGCAUUCACUCUUCUGGGUCAUUUCCUCUUACUUCCUUUGUUGGUCUAUGCCGUACGUAUUUAUGUCAAACUUAU